GCGGUCUGCUUGUGUUGUGGUCAUCGCUGAUAUGGCGACGCGUGAGUCCAGACUUGCCAAACGGACGGAUGUCCUCGCGGACCGUCAGUUGGGCGACAACAAUGAGCACGGCCGGAACGACACAGCUGGCCACGGGCAGGACGACGCGUUAGCCGUUUAUCGAUUUUCAGACAACUCACACACACACACACACAUCAGCCUCGAAGGCGUUGCGGGUGUUGCGUGUUAGCAAAGAGAAAAGGUAGAGGACAUAAAGGAACAACUAGGUACUCAGUUCAGUCGAAAAUCCCUUGGAACUGGGCGCCCCAGUGGCGGCCCCUUUAGAACGGCCUCCACAUGAGCAUGCUUGGCUUUGUCUACUUGGUGCUCAUCCUUGGCUGGAUAUUGAUCGUGCUGUUUCUCAAGUGCAAGAAGUCGCUGACGGCGCCCUUUCGCUUGGGCGAUAACUACACGGAUGCCAUCGCGGAGACGAGUGCCGAGCGCCGUCCCUCGGUGCAUGUGAUCCAGCUGCAGAGCGAGGAUAUCGAGCAGGAGGAUCACUAUAUGAACAAUUUCCACAGGCAAACGGACAACCUGCAGCGCUACUCGCAUCGAUCGACGCUCGAGGAGCGCACCAUCGAGCGCACAUAUCCCACGGAUGCGGUCAUCAAUCCAGCCUACAUGCACGACGAGGACUACGUGAUUAACGCUCCGCCGCCCUCAUACGAGGAGGUGAUGCGACAGCCGCAGGUGUACCCGCAGGUGCGACACAAUAACCAUAAGAUUAGCGACCUAGACAUUUAGGCUACUUAGGAUAAGAUCUCUGUGUACAUAUGUAUUUGGAUCAGCUGUGAUUUCUCUGAAUUAUAUAUAGA